AUGGAUUAUGGGUUGUAUCGACGAUGCGAAACUCGUCUUGUCGUUGAGCCGUAUCACGCUACUGACCCGAAGCCAUCAAAUUCGACCAUCUCCCCUCCCCUCCACAACGUGAUGACUGCAGCGUACAUCUGCACCCCCUUCCCUCCCCGAUCAGUGUGCGAGCGCGAGGGAGAGGGUUUCUGUAUUGCCUGGUCGAGUGCUGGAUAUCUCUCUCAACUUGGACUCGUGCUGGUGAUGGUUGCACUCUUCACCCUGAUGAUCGUGAACAUUGUCAGUAGCCGUGCUAGGCGAAGGAACGCUUGGAGGUUCGUCUCGUUCCUAGUUGGACUGCAUGCGACCGUCCAAAUCGUAGCAUUGGGCCUGGUGACGGGAAUGUCUGAGAAGUACGCGAAGUAUUUCUCUUCAGGAGCUCAUUUCAACAUCUCGUAUUGGUUUAAUGUGACUACUUGUGUCCUUGAUACUUUCGUGAUCAUCGGUCUAGUUGUUACCGGAAUCUACGCGGAGAAAGGUCACAGAUGGGCAGCUGGAAGGCGCCCAUACCACCCUAUCCCAGGCUAA